CAUUGCUUUUGAAAGUCAUUGUGGGUUAUGCUCGAUAAAUUCAAAGCGAACUGGAUAAUCUUUUUCCUGACCAACACAAAUCAGAUCUAGAGGAUCCAGGAGCGGAAUUUCAACCUGAACACGCAGAGCAGAGGCUUCGAAGGACUGGCAGGUGAAUGUUUCCAAUUUAACCAUGUGCAGUGUGUUCUGGCAUAGAUUCCUGGUGCCCUAUAAAUGCAAUGUGUGCCAAAACCUUGUGCGUGGAGGUGUGAUCACCAUCUGUGGCCAUUUAUUUUGCUGGACCUGCCUGUGGCCCCGCCUGAGUGGAAAAGCCACUCCGCAGUGCCCUCAUUGUCGGCACUGCUUGAUCCUGCACGAGGACAUCGUGCCCUUCCACGGCGAAGGACCCAAUGCCGACUCCAAUGACAGUCUCUUCCUGGCCCAGCCGGGUUCAGUGCCCCGUCCCACGGGUAUGUACCUCAGCGACCCUUUCCCUGACUGGUUCAGGAUCAACGAUCCCAUCGAUACGCGACCUGGCCGACUGGCCCGGCACGAAGUCACCUGGGGGCUGGACCUCUUCACCGUGCUGUCGCGUCUGUCCGCCCAGCAUCCUUGGGUGGGGCAUCAGCUGCGAUUCCUCAGGUGCUUCCAGCUGGUCUACGCCAUCCUGUUGUGCCUGCUGUGGUGCUUGGUCUCACCGACCUAAGACAUACUUGUAUUCCACUAUUUUUAAUUUGUUCUGAUUUAGUUCAUUGUUGACGUGUGGCCAAGGGGAAAAGCAUAUAAGCUCGACCAGGCCGCAAUAAAUUUCUGUAAUUACUUGCCAUUAA